AUGAACUUCCACAUUCAUAUCACGUUUAAUCAACAACAGCCAAUAAUAAACAUCAACGCCAAUCCAACUAUAAAUACAAACAUUCCCAAUAGUAUUUAUAUUCCGGCAAAUCCGAUGGGAUCGAAUGCAUUUCAAUAUGGUGUAGCUACACCUCCUAUGCAACAAGCAAACCAACCGAACAAUUACAAUUCGUAUCCUCAACAGAUGUUCAUGCCCAACAACGAACAUAUGGAAAAUUUAAGAAGCAUGUUUAACCCUUUCCGGCCGGCUACUAGAAGACCGGUAGAAAACAAAUCUUUAUGGGCGAAUUCUUAG